GGUUAAGAGUCAGCUUUUAGUUUACGGCUUUCUUCCCAAUUUUCCCUUUCUUCGGAAUUUGGACGACAUCUGAGACAGAGAGAGAGGAGCGAUAAACAGUUCUUCACCACCGGUCAGUUCCCGGUGCAUAGAGACACAAACAACAUCAAAGAAUAUAUUGCGACCAGAGCUUUCCGAUUCAUAGGCGCGACCAGAGGCGGGUCUGGCGCAGUUAGGCGGUCGACUUCUCUCUCAUGGCUCUCCCAUCUGUUGGAACUUGGAGCGUUACCAGCCCACUAGGAGUCAAUCACCUCAUAGCUGGUGCUUUACAGUAUAAGCCGCCCUCAAAUUAUUGAAUUCUUAUUUUUAGGGGUUUAAUUUGCGAGAUUAAAAAAAGCCUUUAGGUUGACGCUUGAUAAAGGAUAUAUGGCAAAAGCAGUGACACACCAAUCACAUUGGCUUAUUUGACUCAUAACUACAUAUGUGCUUAGUCCACUUUGUCUCAAAUGUUUUUUUCAAACUUUCACAACCCAGAAUAUCAUCCAGCACUUACACAUUUUAAUGAAUCUUCUUGCAUUGUAUAGUUAUGUUGAGCACUUGCAUACCUGUGUUGGGCACCUACGCACGUAGUGCGUGUCCAGCUAGUUAUAAGAGCCUAAACCGUUUGUCGCCGUCAAUUACGCUUCUUUUCCGUCCCUUUACACACGUGAGACACUACCCACCCACUUCCCCACAAUCUCUGCCAUCCCACAUUUACGCACUUCCUUCAAUUUCUCUCUUUUCCGUUUCGUCUCCUACUUCCUUCGCCGCCACCGCCGUUUGUUCUCGUACUUCCUUCACCCCCCACCACCUCGCGAUCUCUCCCACCGCCCCACCAUCCAUGGCUUCCUCACCUUAUUAAAAAAUAAAUCAUGGACUCCUGUUUCUCCAAGAUUUCUUCUCCUUCACUUUAUCCAGGAUUAUGUUCACAGAGUUGGAAGAACAGCUAGAGCUAGUCGAUCUGAGGUUGCCAUUUUCACUUGUAAGCCAAUAUGAGGUGGACUGGAAUUUGCAGAUACAGAAGCUCAUGGGUCAGAAGUUGCCCCAGGAAGUUUUAGUAGUGUUUUUGGAUCGUGUAACGGAGGCCAAAAGAAUAUCCCUAACGGUUAUCACUUUUCACAUAAACAUGUCAUUGUAGUCGCUACUCUCUCCUUUUGGUUAAGCUGCCAUCAUCAGAUAAUGCUUAGGGUCAAACUGGUUAUCGUUCCACCUUUUGCUGCAGAAAAUAAAGGAAACUGGUGGCCACAAAAGAAGAAGAAGAAGAGGGAGUGAUGAGCUAGACAAUGAUGUACAUUUGGGUUUUAGGAAGGGCAACUCAUCUAAGAUGCCAAAGAGAAAGUGAUACGAAAACCGACCGUCUUGCUUGUUGAGCUUUGUUCGUCAUAUUUUUACUUCAUUUUGAUCCUAGGCCAAUUUUUUUUAAAAAAUGCUUGUAAACUACCAUUAAGGGGGAUCCGAAUUCAUUCUCUCUAGCAUCUUGUGAAAGCUCUAGCUUGUAAUCCUCUCACUAUAUUUAUAACAAUUAGACUCCGGGAGUUCUCACCAACUGGCUUCCUGAUUGAACACGAGUUAAUUGGUUAUUCUUAUUUUGACCCAGCAUUUUUCCCUAUACCCGGGCUAGAGCCUUUUGCCUCUGUGACUAAUUUACACCAUCACAACACAAUACAAAUUUUAUGAAAAUAAUGAAUUGUCAGGAAUCGU